ACAAGAUUCAAAAAAGAUUUUCUUACUUAAGUAAACUCAAUUCAAAAUUAAAACAAAUUGUUGGAUAAUGCCAACAUCCUGCUAGGAGCAUAAACACAUGCAAGCUAGGAUGUCUAAUUAGUAUAAGAAAAUAGAAAAGACAUAAAGACAUCAUCGAAGUUGUCCCAUAUUUGCAUAAAGACACCUAAACUUUUAAAGUGUCCUAUCACACCACUAAACAACUAUAUAUCGUUGUAAAUUGACCAUUUUUACUCAUUCCAUCGUCUAUGUAAUGCGCGUGUUGCUCACUCUCUAGGUAACCCGACCCGACCCUUUUUUUUUGAAGAAAAUUUGUGAACUCCUUGUCUUUUCAUUUCUCAACUUUUCCCUAAAAAAUCAAACGAAAUACACAGUGUUGUUGUUGACAAUCUCGUUGUUGAUCAUUUUUGAUCGUUGUUGAUGUGUAUUUGUGAAGAUUCUUGGAGAUUGAAGGUCUAACAGGUUAGGGUUCUAAAAUCUUCACUUUUUUUCUGAUAAUUUUGAUUUUAUGGAUUAUUAUAUGAAGUGUUAGAAUCGACCUCCUACAAUUGCCAUUGUUAGGAUAUUUUUGAGUAUGUUGGGUAAUCGACUUAGUUAGUGUAGGGUAUUGUGUUAUUGACUUAGUGCAACUGUUAGUGAUUAGGGUUUUGUGAUUGUGUUUUAGGUUAGGGUUAGAUGUUAUCCACUUAGUUCGAAUCUUAUUAUUUGUCUUUGAUACAUUUGUAGACUUCUAUUUGUACACUAACAACAGCUAUUGUUAGUGUUUUUGUUCUGUUAGUACUGUUAAAGCUUAGUGUUAGUGCGUUUUUCUACUUUUGUUAGUUAGUGUUUCUACUGUUGUUGUUUGUUAGUGAUUAUGUUUGUUGUGUACAACUUGUUAGAGUUAGUUAUUGAAAUGUGUGUUUGAAUUGUGUUUGUUGUUGUUACAUGAUUUUUCAGGAUGACUUUUACUCUUAUAACUUUAAGAGGUAUCAUGGGGGGAAUUAGAAUUUGGUCCACCACCUAAAUAUAUUGGGAUGACAUGUGACAAAAUUCCUAGAUGUAGAUGUUGAUAGGAUGUCUUAUUUUGAGUUGAGGGACUACAUAAAGGAACUAGAAUAUACAAUAGAUUGUGAUUUUUUCAUCAAGAGGGAUGGGUUAUUGGUCUUUGUUGAUAAUGAUAAGGCUAUAUUUGACCUUUUCAAUAUGAUGAAUGAUGGGGAUACAGUGGAGGUGUAUGUUUUUCAUGGGGUUAGUGAAGCUAAUCAGGCCCCACUUGAAUUGGAGUUUGUCCCCCAUGUGACUGAAAGUGGGGUAGGUGAGGAAUCUUUUAAUGAGACUUCUAACCCUAAUAAUCAGCCUUCUACUUCUACUUUUCCUUCCAUCCCUACAACUGGUCCUUUUGAAACUUCCAGCACUCCAUUUGAAGCUCAGUCUUCUACUGUGCCUCCACCAUCUCCUUCUAUUGUGCCUCCUCCUUCAUUUGAUUAUCCUAUAAUAGAUGAUGAUCCAACCGAUGAUGAAGUGGAAGAUGAAUAAGGAUCUGAAGAGGAUACUAGUGAAGAUACUGAGGUUGACAGUGAUGUUCAUCAAGAGUAUGUAGAUAUAAGGGCAACCAAGAGGCAUUUCAAAAGGUCACAAAGGAGAAGUAGGGGAACUACUUCAGAUCAGAUUAAUGUUAAUGAGAAAGGUCCUGAUAUAGGGUAUGAUGAGACAAAUAAUGGUAUUAGGGAAAGCUUAGUUGGUAAGCUUGGAGGUGAUGAACCUUAUUAUCUAAGUGAUGAAGUUCCUAGCUUUGAAAUAGAUGGUGAAGAGGUUGAUCAAGUAGUGCAUAAACCUGUUAGGAGGAAGAAAACCCCAAAUAGAGUUGUGUUUGAUACAACUGCAAAAAAGAUUGUUUGGGAAUUAGGACUGUUUUUGGAACUGUUGAAGAAUUUAGAGUGGCAGUGACAAGAUAUGCAAUCCAAGAGCAUAUUCAAAUUGAAAAAUAUGUAAAUGAGCCUGGCAGAGUUAGAGUGAGAUGUUGUAAAGAGUGUUGUCCUUGGUUGUUGUGUGCAAGUAAGGAUAAAACUAGUGGAGAUUUCAUUGUUAAAACAUACAACACUAUCCAUAAAUGUUUGACAUCAACUCAUAACUACUUGUGCAACUCAAAGUUUUUGGCCACCAAAUGCAAAGAAAGAAUAACUCAACAGCCAAACAUCAACAUUGUCUUGUUGCAGGACAUUAUUAGAAAGGAGUUGGAUAUUAAUGUUGGUAGGACAACAGUGAGAAGAGCUAGGACUAGAGUGUUACAAGAGAUCAUGGGUGAUCACAUUGUGGAGUAUGGUAGGAUUUUUGGUUAUAGAGAUGAAAUAUUAAGGAGUAAUCCAGGUAGUACUUGUGUAGUGAAGGUUGGAGAAGAUUCUGAAACUGGGCAGAAAAUUUUUGAAGGAUUUUAUGUUUGCUUCAAUGCUUUAAAUAAAGCAUUUUUUGGAGGUGCUAGAAGGUUGAUUGGUUUUGAUGGGUGUUUUCUCAAAGUUGUGUGUAAAGUCCAGUUGUUAGUGGCAGUUUGUAGAGAUGGAAACAACCAAAUUCUCCCUAUUGCUUGGGCAGUUGUUGAGGUUGAGAAUCAGUAUACCUGGACAUGGUUUCUUGAACUAGUGAAGAAUGAUCUUGAACUUGGAGAAGGGCAUCAACUAUCCAUCAUUAGUGAUAUGCAAAAGGGACUAGAAAUUGUUGUGGAUACUUUAUUGCCACUUGUUGAACAUAGAAAAUAUGCAAGACAUGUUCUUGCAAAUUGGUCAAAAAAUUGGAAAGGAGUUGAAAGAAGAAGAGUGUUUUGGAGGAUUGCUGAAUCCACAUUUGAAGCUGAGAUGAUGGAAAAUAUAGAGACAAUGAGAAAAUUAGGACAAGAAGGUUUGGAUAAUCUUUUAUGGUACAAUUUGAAUACAUGGUGCAAGAAGUAUUUUGAAGAAUAUAGCAAAUGUGAUGUUGUGGACAAAAUAAAAUAAAUUGUAAAUAUCGCACAUACAUAACAAGAUAUACUAUUAUUGAUUAUAACUUCCUUCCACAUUAAAGUUAUAAAUAUAUAUAUACUAGAUGGGAAAGGCCCGUGGCAAGCACGGGCGCAAAUAGUCAAAAUAUCAGAAUCAUUGAUGAUAGUUGUCGCAGAAGAUAAGGUAAUGUGAUAUGUUAUAUAGUAUUAGAGAUAU